AUGACCGCCACCCCUCAUGGACAUCCUGGAGGAGGGAGUGACAGCCAUGGCCAGGCUCCUGAUGGGCAGUCUCAGCCCCCCUUUCAACAGAAUCAGAUAUUAUCAUCUGAUUCCUCCAAUGAGAAUUCCUCAGCAACUCCUCCAGAUGAACAGGGUCAAGGUGAUGCUCCACCACAGCAUGAAGAUAAAGAACCUGCAUUUCCACAUACUGACCUGGCAGAGUUGGAUGACAUGAUCAACAGGCCUAGUUGGAUGGUUCCAGUUUGGCCCAAAGGGGAAUUAGAAGUGCUUUUAGAAGCUGCUAUUGAUCUUAGUAAGAAAGGUCUUGAUGUUAAAAGCGAAGCAUGUCAACGUUUUUUCCGAGAUGGACUGACAGUAUCUUUCACUAAAAUCCUUAUGGAUGAGACAGUGAGUGACUGGAAGUUUGAAGUUCAUAGGUGUAUUAUUAACAAUGCUCAUCGCCUAGUGGAACUUUGUGUGACCAAGUUGUCCCAAGACUCGUUUCCACUUCUGGAACUUCUCUCCAUGGCCUUAAAUCCUCAUUGCAAAUUCCAUGUCUACAACGGUACACGUCUAAGUGAAUCAGUUUCCCCAGGUGCUCAGUUGCCUGAAGACGAACUGUUUGCUCAUUCCUCAGAUCCACGAUCACCAAAAGGUUGGCUAGUGGACCUCAUCAAUAAAUUUGGCACAUUAAAUGGAUUCCAGAUUUUGCAUGAUCGUUUUAUUAGUGGAGCAACAUUAAAUGUUCAAAUAAUUGCAGCUCUUAUUAAACCAUUUGGACAGUGCUGUGAGUUUCUCAGUCAGCGUACAGUGAAAAAGUACUUCAUUCCAGUUAUAGAAAGAGUUCCACAGUUUUUAGAAAAUUUAACUGAUGAAGAACUGAAAAAAGAAGCAAAGAAUAAAACCAAAAAUGAUGCCCUUUCAGUGAUUAUUAAGUCUCUGAGGAAUUUAGCUUCAAGGAUUCCAGGAGAAGAGGAAACUGUAAAAAAUUUAGAUAUUUUUAGGUUGAGAAUGAUACUCAGACAGUUGGAGAUAUGUUCUUUUAAUGGAAAGAUGAAUGCCCUGGAUGAAAUUAACAAGGUCAUAUCUAGUGUGAUAUAUUACAGUGGCCGACAUUGUAAUCCUGAGGAGGAAGAGUGGCUGACUGCUGAGAGAAUGGCAGAAUGGAUACAACAGAACAAUAUUUUAUCCAUAGUUUUGCGAGAUAGUCUUCAUCAGCCUCAGUAUGUAGGAAAGCUAGAGAAGAUUCUGCGUUUUGUGACAAAAGAAAAGGCUCUUACCUUGCAGGAUCUUGAUAAUAUCUGGGCCACACAGGCAGGGAAACAUGGAGCCAUUGUGAAGAAUGUACAUGACCUACUGGCAAAGUUGGCUGGGAAUUUUUCUCCAGAACAACUUGAUCAUCUUUUUGAUUGCUUUAAGGCAAGUUGGAUAAAUGCAAGUAAAAAGCAACGUGAAAAGCUACUUGAGCUGAUAAGUCGUCUUGCAGAGCACGGUGAAGAUGACAUGUUGGCACAGAAGGUGUUGAACCUUCUUUGGAAUCUGGCCCACAGUGAUGAUGUGCCUCUAGACAUCAUGGACCUUGCUCUUAGUGCCCACAUAAAAAUACUAGAUGAUAGUUCUUCCCAGGAUCGAGACACACAGAAGUUGCAGUGGAUAGAUCGCUUCAUAGAAGAACUUUGCACAAAUGACAAGUGGGUGAUACCCGCACUGAAACAAAUACGAGAAAUUUGUAGUUUAUUUGGUGAAGCCCCUAAAAAUUUGAGCUGUUCUCAUUUUAGUAAGACUCAGCAAAGUCCUCGUGCGUUUUAUCAUCAUGAUUUAAUCAGUCAACUUCAGCACAGUCAUACCUUAGUUGCUCUGGUAGCAGAAAACCUUGCAGCAUACAUGAAUAGCAUGCGGCUGUAUGUUAAAGAACAUGAGAACUGUGAUCCACAGACUGUGAGAUUUGGAAGUCAAUACAGUCAUGUUCAAGAAGUCCAAGAACGGCUUAACUUCCUUAGAUUUUUAUUGAAAGAUGGCCAACUGUGCCUCUGUGCUCCUCAAGCAAAACAAAUAUGGAAAUGCUUAGCAGAGAAUGCAGUUUACCUUUGUGACCGUGAAGCUUGUUUUAAGUGGUAUUCCAAGUUAAUGGGGGAUAAACCAGACUUAGAUCCUGAUAGUAAUAAGGACUUCUUUGAAAGUAGUGUGCUUCAGCUUAAUCCUUCGCUGUUAACUGAAAAUGGAAUAAAAUGUUUUGAACGAAUCUUUAAAGCUGUUAAUUGUCAAGAGGGGAAACUAGUAGCAAAAAGAAGAGCCUACAUGAUGGAUGAUUUGGAAUUGAUAGGAUUAGACUACCUUUGGAAGGUUGUGAUUCAGAGUAAUGACGACGUUGCCAGCAGAGCUAUAGAUCUCCUUAAAGAGAUGUAUACAAAACUUGGGCCCAGAUUACAGGUCAAUCAGGUAGUUAUCCAUGAAGACUUCAUUCAGUCUUGCUUUAAUCGUUUGAAAGCUUCGUAUGACACAUUGUGUGCUUUGGGUGGCAAUGAAGACACAAUUAAUUUUGCAACGCAGGAAGCCAUUCGAAUGGUUCGAGUAUUAACUGUGUUAAGGGAAUACAUAAAUGAAUGUGACGGUGAUUAUCAUGAGAAAAGAACAAUUCUACCUAUGUCAAGAGCAUUCCAUGGUAAAGACCUUUUUCUUAUAGUUCAAUUUCCAAACCAUGGCGGACAGGUUGAUGACUUGGACAUACGGUCCCAUACAAACGAUACAGUUGGUUCAGUACGGCGAUGCAUUCUCAAUCAUAUUAAAGCAAAUGUGGCCCACACAAAUAUUGAACUCUUUGUGGGUGGUGAGCUUAUAGAUUCUGAAGAUGACAGAAAGCUAAUGGGACAGUUACACUUAAAAGAUAAAUCAGUAAUUACAGCCAAACUUACACAAGUGAGUUCCAACAUGCCUUCAAGCCCUGAUAGUUCUUCUGAUUCUUCUACUGGAUCUCCUAGAAACCAUUAUAAUCACUACAGUGAUGGCCCCAGUCCAGAAGUGGAAAGUUGUUUGCCUGGGGUAAUAAUGUCACUGCAUCCCAGAUAUAUCUCUUUCCUUUGGCAAGUUGCAGACUUAGGUAGCAAUCUGAAUGUGCUACCUCUUAGAGAUGGAGCAAGAGUACUUAUGAAACUUAUGCCUCCAGAUAGCAUAACAAUAGGAAAAUUAAGAACUGUUUGUUUGGACCAUGCAAAACUUGGAGAAAAUAUCCUUGAACCGUCUCUUGAUUCACUUUUCUGUGGUCCUUCUGCCUCCAGAGUGCUAUACCUAACAGAGGUAGUUUAUGUCCUGUUAAUGCCUGCUGGUGCAUCUUUGGCAGAUGAUUCCCCUGACUUUCAGUUUCACUUCUUGAAAAGUGGUGGCUUAUCCCUUGUACUGAGUAUGCUAACAAGUAAUAACUUCCUGCCAAAUACAGAUACGGAAACUCGGAGAGGUGCUUACUUCAAUAGUCUUAAAAUAGCUAAACUGUUGUUAACUGCCAUUGGCAGUGGCCAUGUUCGAGCUAUAGCAGAAGCAUGUCAGCCAGCUGCAGAUGGGAUAAACAUUAGAACACAGAUGAACCAAGAUCACAUGGUGAUACUACAAAAUGUCCUUCAGAGCAUGCCUAAUCCGUCAUCUGAAUACAUGCUUAGAAAUGUUUCUGUACGUCUUGCUCAGCAAAUAUCUGGUGAGGCUUCAAGAUAUAUGCCUGAUACUUGUGUAAUUAGAGCUAUACAAAAAAUCGUCUGGGCAUCAGGAUGUGGGGCAUUAGAGCUAGUCUUUAGCCCAAAUGAAGAAAUUACUAAAAUGUACGAGAUGACGAUCACCAAUGCAAGUAAUGAGCCAGAUACAGAAGAUGAACAGGUUUGCUGUGAGGGAUUCGAAGUGAUGACGUUAUGUUUUGCUCUACUUCCAACAGCUUUGGAUGCACUUAGUAAAGAAAGAGCCUGGCAAACAUUUAUCAUUGACUUACUAUUGCACUGUCCCAGCAAAACUGUUCGUCAGUUGGCACAGGAACAUUUUUUUUUAAUGUGCACCAGAUGUUGCAUUGGACACAGGCCUCUGCUUUUCUUCAUUACUCUGCUCUUUACCGUUCUGGAGAGCACAGCAGGAGAGGCGGGUAGACACUCAGAUGACUAUUUCACUCUUCUACAACACCUUCUUAAUUAUGCUUAUAACAGCAAUAUUAAUGUACCCAAUACUGAUGUUCUUCUCAACGAUGAAAUUGAUUGGCUCAAAAGAAUUAGGGAUAAUGUUAAAAAUACAGAUGAAACUGGUGUUGAAGAGCCGAUCUUGGAAGGCCAUCUUGGGGUAACAAAAGAGUUACUGGCCUUUCAAACAACUGAGAAGAAGUAUCGUAUUGGUUGUGAAAAAGGAGGUGCUAAUCUCAUUAAAGAAUUAAUUGAUGAUUUCAUCUUUACUGCCUCCAAAGUUUACCUGCAAUGUAUGAGAAAUGGGGAACUUCCAGCUAAACAGGCUCUCCCAGUAUGUAGUUCACCGGCUACCAUCAGUGCUGGUUUUGAACUACUCGUAGCAUUAGCUGUUGGCUGUGUAAGAAAUCUCAAACAGAUAGGAGACUGUUUGACUGAAAUGUAUUACAUAGGCACAGCAAUAACUACUUGUGAAGCACUUACUAAGUGGGAGUACCUACCACCUGUUAGACCUCGCCCUCCAGAAGGAUUUGUGGGCCUCAAAAAUGCUGGUACCACUUGUUACAUGAAUUCUGUGAUCCAGCAGUUAUACAUGAUUCCUCCUAUCAGGAACAGUAUUCUUGCAGUUGAAGGCACUGGUAGUGAUAUAGAUGAUGACAUGUUCAGUGAAGAGAAGCAGGACAACGAGAGUAAUGUUGAUCCGCGAGAUGAUGUUUUUAGAUGUCCUCAACAAUAUGAAGACAAACCAGCAUUAAGUAAGACAGAAGAUCAGAAAGAGUACAAUAUUGGUGUCUUAAGAUACCUUCAGGUCAUCUUUGGUCAUUUAGCUGCUUCUCGUUUACCAUACUUUGUGCCCAGAGGAUUUUGGAAAGAGUUCAGGCUUUGGGGUAAACUUAUUAAUCUACGUGAACAAUAUGACGCCGUAGAGUUUCUUCAUUGUUUGGUGGAUAGUUUAGAUGAAGCUUUAAAAGCUUUAGGACAUCCAGCUAUGUUAAGUCAAGUCCUAGGAGGUUCCUUUGCUGAUCAGAAGAUUUGCCAAGGCUGUCCACAUAGAUAUGAAUGUGAAGAAUCUUUUACAACUCUGAAUGUAGACAUUAGAAAUCACCAAAACCUGCUUGAUUCUUUGGAACAGUAUAUCAAAGGAGAUUUAUUAGAAGGUGCAAAUGCAUAUCGAUGUGAAAAAUGUGAUAAAAAAGUUGAUACAGUAAAGCGCUUGCUAAUUAAAAAAUUACCUCCUGUUCUUGCUAUCCAAUUGAAACGAUUUGGCUAUGACUGGGAAAGAGACUGUCCAGUUAAAUUCAAUGAUUAUUUUGAAUUUCCACGAGAACUGGAUAUGGGACCUUACACAGUACCAGGUGUUGCAAAGCUGGAAAGAGAUAAUGUAAACCCAGACAGUCAAUUGAUAAAACAGGACGUGCAGUCUGAAAGUGAGACAGCAGUAAGCGCAAAAUACAGACUAGUGGGUGUGCUUGUGCACAGUGGUCAAGCAAGUGUUGGACAUUAUUAUUCUUACAUCAUUCAAAGGAAUGAUAAAGAUGAGAGAAAUCGCUGGUAUAAAUUUGAUGAUGGAGAUGUAACAGAGUGUAAAAUGGAUGAUGAUGAAGAAAUGAAAAAUGAGUGCUUUGGUGGAGAAUAUGUGAGACAAGUAUUUGAUCGUAUGACGAAGUGCGUGUCAUACCUGCAGCAGCAAAGGUGGUGGAAUGCUUAUAUACUUUUUUAUGAACGAAUGGACACAAUAGACCAAGAUGAUGAAAUGAUAAGAUAUAUAUCAGAGCUCACAAGAUCCCAUCAGAUUAUGUCACCAGCCAUUGGGAGAAGUGUAUGGAAAGAAAAUGUGCAAUUCAUGCAUAACCAAAUGCAGUACACUGUAGAGUAUUUUCAGUUUAUGAAAAAACUACUUACAUGUAAUGGUAUUUACUUAAGCCCUGCUCCAGGACAAGAUCACUUGUUGCCUGAAGCAGAAGAAAUAAGUAUGACUAGUAUUCAACUUGCAGCUAAAUUCCUCUUCACCACUGGAUUUCACACAAAGAAAAUAGUCCGUGGCCCUGCCAGUGAUUGGUAUGAUGCACUGUGCAUUCUACUCCAUCACUGCAAGAAUGUACGUUUUUGGUUUGCUCAAAAUGUUCUUUUUAAUGUUCCAAAUCGCUUCUCUGAAUAUCUUCUGGAGUGCCCUAGUACCGAAGUGAGGGAUGCGUUUGCAAAACUUAUAGUAUUUAUUGCACAUUUUUCAUUGCAAGAUGGGCCUUGCCCUUCAUCUUUUACAUCUCUGGGGCCUUCCAGUCAGGCCUGUGAAAACUUAAGCUUGAGUGACCACUUACUAAGGGCAGUCUUAAAUCUCCUGAGAAGGGAAGUUUCAGAGCAUGGCCAUCAUUUACAGCAGUAUUUCAGUCUGUUUGUAAUGUAUGCCAGUUUAGGUAUGACAGAAAAGACACAGCUCUUGAAAUUGGAUGUACCUGCUACCUUUAUGCUUGUGUCUUUAGAUGAAGGGCCAGGUCCUCCAAUCAAGUAUCAAUAUGCUGAAUUAGGCGAGUUAUACUCAGUAGUAGCUCAGCUGAUCCGCUGUUGCAGUGUCUCAUCAAGGAUGCAGUCUUCAAUCAAUGGUAAUCCUCCUCUUCCAAAUCCUUUUGGUGACCCUAAUUUAUCACAGCCUAUAAUGCCAAUUCAGCAGAAUGUGGCGGACAUUUUAUUUGUGAGAACAAGUUACGUGAAGAAAAUUAUUGAAGAUUGUAGUGACUCAGAGGAAACCAUCAGCUUGCUUCAUUUUUGCUGCUGGGAGAAUCCUCAGUUCUCAUCUACUGUCCUCUGUGAACUUCUCUGGCAGGUUGCCUCCUCAGACACCUAUGAACUUCAGCCAUAUUUGGAUAUGCUUUUGCAGAUUUUACUGAUUGAGGAUUCCUGGCAGACUCUCAGAAUUUGUAAUGCUCUUAAAGGAAUCCCAGAUGAUCGAGAUGGAUUGUUUAUAAUAAUCCAUUGCUCUAAAAAUCACUAUCAAAAAAGAGCGUAUCAGUGUAUAAAAUGUGUUGUAGCUCUGUUUAGCAGUUGUCCUGUUGCUUACCAAAUAUUAAAGGGUAAUGGAGAUCUUAUAAGAAAGUGGAUCUGUGCAGUGGAAUGGCUUGCAUGUGAACUUGAAAAAAUACCGUACACUGGCAACCCUCAAUGCAGUGAUAACAAUUGGUCUUCUCCAGUGCAAAGCAAUAAAACAUCAUCACGUUCAUAUUUAUUACGGAGGUCACAUAGUGCUAGGAUGACACUCGAAAAAGCUUGUGAAUUCUGUCCAGAGGAGCAUCCAGAAGACCAAGAUACCCCAGAUGAGCAUCAGUCCUCUGCAGCAGAAGAUGCCCCAUUAUAUACUAAUUCAUCUGGAUCUCACUAUCAGCAGAGUAAUCAUGUGCAUGGUCAGCCAUAUACAGGGCCUGCAGCACAUCCCUUGAACAGCUACCAGCAAACUGGUCAACAAGCACAAGAAAAUUAUGAAGGAGGCAAUGAAGAAGUAUCCCUGUCUCAAAUAAAGGAUCAGUGAAACACCCGUAUUUAACUGGUUCCUUUAACCACACACUCAGGCCUUACAGUCCAGACUUUUUCUGUGUCUGGCUUGUAUUUAAAACUAGAAAAAUCAUUUACUAUAGAAAGUAUAUUCACUGUUUUAUUUUCAGAAAUUUGCUGUCAAUAUAUAAGCCACCUGUAGGAAAAGUGGGCAGUCUUUUGUAAUAAAUGGCUGGUACUAAUAUGUAAAUGGUAAAGGGUAUAUAGUAUAUUAAUGUGUGUGAACUCUUAAGCAAGAAAAAAUUUUGGAUUAGGAGUCAGCUACAAACAAGAAUUUUUCUUAGGUCUGCUGCAUUCUGCAAGCAGUAUAUCUUCAUAGCAAUUGGAUCAAAAGAGCCCAUCCAUUAUCAAUCAUACCAGUAGUAUCUUGUUGAUUUUUAGUUAUAGCAGCUUUGUUAAGGCUAAUAAGUAGCCUUUGAAUUAAUAUGGAUAAUGCUGGAAAAACGGGUAUAUAACAUUGUUCCUGGGUAUUUUUCAUUGCCCUAUUAUUCUGUAACUACUUCAAUCAUUCUAAAAUGGGUAGUUAUGCUAAUGGCAACAUUAGCAUGUCGCGCUGUAAGUUUGUGUAGCCACUGAGGACAAAAUUACCUGAAUGACAGCAGUUAACCCCCAAAAGAGCUGUUUGCCAAGCGUUUUUAGUCUUACAGAAGAAAAAAAUAUAAUCAGGGGAGAUAUGUAACAAACAAGCAGUUUUUAGUUACAGAUAUUCUUUAUUUUCAAUGUUUGUCAGUUCAUUCUUUUGAUGGGAUUUGAAAAUGUGAAAGUUUUAAAAAUAGAAAUUUUAAGAUAUUAAAAUAACUAUGCAAAACUUUGCUAUGCCAGAAUGUAUGGAACUUAAUAAGAGACUAUAUUUGAUGUGUUUUCUUUCUGAUAGAGUUUAUUAGGUGAAGGUUCUAAAAUUUUGUCUCUACAGGAGACCAGUGAAGGGGAUGUCAUCAGAAUUCCAGUGUUUGGAAGUAACAUUGCACCAAGAUGUCUGUCUGAUUUUCUAGUCAGUCACAAUUUGCUUGAGGGCAAGAAUUGU